GGGAGGGAGAGAGAGGGAGGAAAACCCAGACACAAUAAGAAGAAAAGAGAGACAAAGAGGAGGAGGGCGAGCGAGGCACCAUGCUGAGGAGGAAGAGGAGCGUGUCGUUCGGAGGCUUCGGAUGGAUUGAUAAGUCUACAGUCGGCGCUCUGAGAGCUCGCAAACAGGAGCUCCUGACCAUCUCCAAUGUUCCUGUGGCCGACUGCCCCCCCUCUCCGCCCCGCACCGCACCCCCCACCAUGAAGACGGCUCAUUUCUUUGACAUGAUGGACAAGAUGGAGGACGACUACAUUCCUUAUCCGAGGAUCGAGGAGGUGUUGGAGAGGGGGGAGCCAUACCCUCAGGUGAUCCUACCUGAGUUUGGAGGCUACUGGAUCGAGGAUCCUGAUGCUCCUCCUCCCUCUACAGACAGCAGGGGGAAGGAGGAGGAGGAGGUGGGGGAGGAAGAAGGAAGACAAGAGGAAGAGACCGCCCCAGGGGAUUAUGGGUACCGGCUGGAGGAGAUCAACGAGGCCGCUCGGGCGUACAGGAAGCACUUCUUGGGCAGGGAGCAUUUAAACUUCUCGUGCUCGUCGAGCAGCGUGGGAAACCUGCUGCUGUCCGUGAGACACGAGCAGGAGAAGGAGCACGAGCAUCUCCACGUCAUCAUCAGAUCUCGGGUGAAAAGCGUCUACCACAGAUUAUCUCUGGCAGAGCUGCCGGACAUCCCAAGUGUACCAGAGCUGACCAAGCUGCUGUGCGACGAAGCGGCAGGUCUACGGUUCAGUCCCAUCCUGUACCCAAAGGCAUCUCAGCUAAUAGUAAACUAUGAUGAGCAUGAGGUGAACAACACCUACAAGUUUGGAGUCAUUUACCAGAGAUUUGGUCAGGUGUCUGAGGAGGAGCUGUUCAGGAACAACGAGGAAACGUCGGCUUUCACAGAGUUCCUGCAGCUGCUGGGAGACACAGUGGAUCUGCAGGACUUCAAAGGGUUUCGGGGAGGUUUGGAUGUGUCUCACGGUCAGACGGGGUCUCAGUCCAUCUACACGGUCCACCGGCAGCAGGAGAUCAUGUUCCACGUGUCCACCAAACUGCCCUUCACCGAGGGAGACGCCCAGCAGCUGCAGAGGAAACGGCACAUAGGAAACGACAUCGUGGCGCUGGUUUUUCAAGAAGAGGCCACGCCCUUCGUCCCCGACAUGAUCGCCUCCAACUUCCUCCACGCCUUCAUUGUGGUGCAGGCGGAGGAGCCAUGCUCUGAGACCACCUCCUACAAGGUUUCCGUCACAGCACGAGAGGACGUCCCGCCCUUUGGCCCGCCCCUCCCAAACCCGGCUGUCUUUAAAAAGGGUCCAGAGUUCAGAGAGUUUCUUCUCACCAAACUCAUCAACGCAGAGCUGGCCUGCUACAAGAGCGACCGCUUCGCCCGACUUGAGGAGCGAACCCGGGCCGCCCUGCUGGACAGCCUCCACGAUGAGCUGCAGAGACGCUCCCAGAGCAUGCUGGGAUUGACGUCAGGGCCGGAGGAGGAGGGCCGAGGGGAGAACGGACAGGCCCACGGAGGACUGCUGGAGUCCAUCAAGAGGGCAAUGCGAGGGAGGAGCGUCUCCAUGGAGACCAUGUCGAGGGGCGGGGCUGGACUGCCCACCAGUUUGAGUGGGGGGGGUCUGGCACACCUGAACGUGGAGUGUAACGUCAAGUCUCCCGUGAAGCGGCGCUCGGGACUUUUUCCUCGCCUGCUGAGCGUCGACAGCCAAACAGAGAAGCACAGCCAGAGGAGCCUCCCCGGUGAGCAGAGGAGCUUCGACGGAUGCCACCCGAUGCUGGAGGUGAGGCCGGAGCUGCCGUCCAAUCCUAGCACUCCGGAGGCGGGGCAGCGGGACAGGUGUGUGCAGCAGAAGCAGCAACAGAUUCACACGAAGAAGGAGAGCAGUAAGAUUUCCAGGUCGACAUCCAGCACCUGCAGCUUCAGCAUCCCAGCUGACGACACACACCUGGUGAGACAGGCUGCGACGGUAGAAGGUCAGAGUUCAGCUCCCGUCAUCGUGUGCCGCAGCCCCACAGAGCUGAAAAACAAGAACUCGCCCAGAUCCAACCUGAAAUUUCGCUUCGACAAGCUCAGCCACUCCGCCGCACAGGGACACUGAGCUGACAGGACGCUGCUGACAG